CAGGGCCUACUACUGUCACUCAUUUCUGUCUCUCUCUCUCUCUCUCUCUCUCUCUCUCUCUCUCUCUCUCUUUCUAUAGUACUGUCAUUCACUAAAGCCAUUUUAUUUAUCAUGCGUCUCGCUCCGCUCGCAGCGACCGUCGCGUCCCUGGGCGUGGCCAGUGCUGCCGCUAUCAAGCCCAAGGAGAAUACUCUGCAGACUCGCGACACCUGCUCGGAUGUCGAGUUCACUGGGGAGGUCUUGCACCUUUCCUUGAACAUCAUUGAGUACCCUAUCGUGGUUGAUGUAGAGCUCGAGGAGGAUGCUAGCAUCACCGUUGAUGACACCAUUGUCAUCGAUGUUACCAAUGCACCCACCCACUUGCACACCACGGUGAUGGCGACGUCCACAUCUACCGUCACCAAGACGAUCUCCACCGCUACCAUUACUGCUGGUGUUGAAGCUACUGGGGCUGUCUCUGGCUCUUCCGGCUCUGGCUCGUCCGGCUCUGGCUCUUCCAGCUCUGGCUCUUCCUCCAGCUCUGGCUCUGGUUCUUCCUCCGGCUCUGGCUCUGGAUCGUCCUCUGGAUCCUCCUCCAAGAACGUUGUGACCCGCAUCAACCCCAAGACUACCAGCACUCGUCUCAUCCACCCUCAGGUGACCAGCACCAAGAGCCUUGCACCUGUUGCCGGUGGCUCCGCCGUUGGCUCCGGUGUCAACACGGCACUGUACACUGCCUCGACCUCCAACACGCUCGUUGGCACCAAGACGACGACCAUCCGCGGGGCCUCGACCACCGUCACCCGGACCUACACCACGACCCUGGCAUCGGCCACCGCCACCCAAGCCGCAGGCGAGUACACCAACUGGAGAAAGUUCAAGGCCAACGGUGUGAACCUGGGUGGCUGGCUGGAGCAGGAGCAGGUGUUCGACCAGGUGUGGUGGGACUCGUACGCGCCCAACGCUACUGACGAAUGGACCUUCUGUAAGACGCUGGGCUCGCAGUGUGGCCCGGUGCUCGAGGAGCGCUAUGCCACGUACAUCACCACCGAAGACAUCGACCGCGUGGCCGCAGUUGGCGUCAACACCCUCCGCAUCCCCACCACCUACGCCGCCUGGAUCCAAUUCCCCGGCUCGGAACUCUACCACGGCAACCAGCAAACCUACCUCCGCGAGAUCGCGCUUUACGGCAUUGAGACAUACAACAUGCGGGUGAUCAUCGACCUGCACUCCCUGCCCGGCGGCGUCAACAGCCUGGACAUCGGCGAAGCCGCCGGCCACGACGGCUGGUUCUACAACUCCACCAACCUGCAAUACAGCUACGAGGCCAUCUCCGCCAUCCUGGACUUCAUUGCCGCGACCGGCGACAGCGCGUGGGCGUUCACGAUCGCCCCCCUCAACGAGGCCUCCGACAACCCGGCCGGCUUUGCCAGCACCACCACGCUCACCAGCAACGGCACCGCCUGGAUCGUGGAGUACACGAAGGGGGUGCUGGACCUGGUGGCGCAGUCGGCCACGCCGCGCGUCCCCAUCAUGCUCCAGGACUGCUUCCUGGGCGAGGAGCACUGGUCGCCGUACUUCGACGCCACCGCCAACCUGGUGUUCGAUACGCAUGUCUACUACUUCGCGGCCUCGGGCAUCUACUCCCAGUGGGCGCAGGGCGCGAUCUGCGGCCAGGCGAGCGUGCUGGGCGGUGACGGCAAGUUCCCGGUCUUUGUGGGCGAGUGGGCCCUCCAGACCCUGUACAGCAACACCUACGCCAACCGAAAGAAUUUGUUCGACACCCAGCGCUAUGCUUGGAGCUACUACGUCCAGGGUGGCAGUUUCUGGAAUAUCAAGCACAACUCUACCACCGCGGUCGAUGGCCAGGGUACCCAGAAAGAUUAUUGGAGUUAUGAGCUGUUGAUUGAUGAGGGCGUGAUUACACCGGUGAAGGGCAAUGCUACUUAUUGUUGAUGUACAGUAGGUCCGUGAGUGAGGAAUGGGACGAAUUGGGGACUUGGGGGUGGUUUGGAGGUUGGGAGGAUUGAAGGAGGAGGCUAGAUUUAUUUUCUUUCGGUUUUAAAUGAGGUUUUCAUGGGGAUUAUGUGAUUUUAAUAGCCGCUUAGGGCGGAU